CAUUUACUUUUAUAAUUUUUAGUUAAGUUACUUAUUAAAAUGACGUCAUUCACAAAUAAAAAUAUUUUGAAUUUACUGAGAAAUCUACCGAGACUCUCUAUUUCUAAUCUCCGAAAUAAUGAUGGAGCCGUGAAAAAAAAUAAACGAGGCAGAGCCCAGCAUGGAGGUGACAAACAUGGUCAUGGUAAUAAAGGAUCAAAAGCUAGACAAAACUUUAUGAGGCCUGGAUAUGAGACAGGAAAUACUCCAUUUUAUAUGAAAUUUCCUAGAGAACAAUAUUAUAAGGAUCAUCAUGUUAAAAGACAAUAUCCACCACUUUCAUUGGCCACUUUACAAAAAAUGAUUGAUUUGAAUCGUAUAGACAUCACAAAGCCUAUUGACUUAUCAGUACUGUGCAAUACUGGUUUGUAUAACAUUAAUCCAGAAGAUAAACACUUUGGAGUAAAUUUGGUUGACGAAGGUGCAGAUAAUUUCAAAGCAAAAAUUAAUAUAGAAGUUCAGUGGACCAGUGAAUCUACAAUUGCGGCUAUAGAAAGAAAUGGAGGAGUUAUAACAACAUCAUUUUUUGAUGUUAAUAGUUUAUUUAUUUUAAUUAAUCCUAAAAAGUUCUUCCAGAGAGGAGAAGCAAUACCCAGACGUAUGAUACCUCCUGAAGAUGCAAUUUUAUAUUAUUCAAGUGCAGCAAAUCGCGGUUAUUUGGCAGAUCCUGAAAAAAUAUCUUGGGAACGUUUUGUUUUAGCUCAGAAAUAUGGAUAUAAACUUCCUAAAAUUGAAGAUGAUCCAGAUUAUAACAUGCUUGUCAGUAGGAAAGAUCAAAGACAAAUAUUUUAUGGCCUAGAACCUGGUUGGGUUGUUAAUCUAAAGGAUAAAGUUAUAUUGAAACCCACUGAUCCACAACUCAAAGAGUUCUAUAAAAGUUAAUUACAUUUUUUAAUGUUAGUAUUGAAAUGUAUAAUGGUAUUUGUUAUGUAAUUUAAUUAU